UCGAGACACCGUGUUCCCAACAUUUGUCCAGUGCAGGUCAUCUAGCUGCACAGUGGGCAGCACUGCCUCGUGUCUCUCUCACAGCACUGACAUGUAAGUGGAGUUUGACAUUACUAGUUUAAUUCCUCAUGCACCGGCUGAUACUGAAGCACCUGAGUAUACUCUUGGCCUCUACUCUGCAGGUUUGCUUCCUCUGAUGGAUCCUGGAUGAUUUGAAGAUCAGUUGACUGACUGCGCAAAAGCUGAACUGGACACUACCCACUGGAGAAUGCAUUUAGAAAUAUAACAUGGACAAAAUGUUUUGUGCUUUUUGUUUUGCUUCUGAAUGGGUCAUUCUAAUCAGUUCAUCAUCCUAUGAGCCUUAAUCAGUGUCUGAGCGCUGUCUCCAAUGUCAGCUGUUUGACUGACAGAGACAUGUCCAAUGACAGCUGUAACCUCCCUCUGAACACAGACACUUUGGGGCUGACCUGUAUCUAUGGCGUCAUCUUCUCUUUGGGUCUCCCCAGUAACCUGCUGUCCCUCUGGGGACUGUACCACCUGGGCCGCUCAGGCACUGGAGGCUGUCAGCUGGUUUACAUCCUCAACCUGCUGCUGUCUGACCUCCUCCAGCUGCUCACUCUGCCUCUGUGGAUCCUUUACCUUCAAGGUGGGCAUCGCUGGCCCUACGGACAGUUAACCUGUGAGCUGGUCGGAUAUGUGUUUUAUGUAAACGUCUACGCCAGCGUCAUGUUCCUCUGCCUGAUCGCACUGGACCGCUGCCUGGCCAUUGUGUACCCGCUGAGCAGCCGCCGGGUGCGGACCGUCAGGGUGGCAGCAGUGAUGGGCUCAGCCGUGUGGACUCUCACAUUCCUGUUCUGUCUGUGCGGGCUGCUGCCGUCUGUGUUUGACUCCGACAGACUUCUGUGUCUGGAACAGUACCCCGUCAGCCCCAGAUAUGCUCACUUCAAGAUCACCACAGUGGCCCUAGGCUUCCUGCUGCCAUGUAGCAUACUGGGUUACACGUCCGCCCACAUCGGGGUGACACUCAGACGAUCUCCUUCGCUCUCUGACCAUGAACGCCAUAAAAUUGUUGGCAUCCUGGUUGUCAUCACCAUAAACUUCAUUGCUGUGUUUGGGCCGUACCAUCUGGUCGGUGGAUACAGGUUUGUGUCUUUGCUUCUGACGGAUAAGCCGUGCGGAUUGGAGCGUUCCAUUUUCCUGGUCUACCGUCUGUGCUACGGUCUGACCAGCCUCAACACUCUGCUGGAUCCUCUCUUCUACAUCUUCCUGUGCCCGGACGCCCGACUAGAGCUGCAGAGGUCACUGCCUUGUUUAGGAAGAGGCCACAACACCCACAAAACAAUGACACUCAGCCCCAGAGCCCACCGUGUCACACAGAGGCAGAAUGAAACAGGACAUAAUAAUCUCCUAGCCAUAUAAACUGGAUUUAACCACAGAUAAAACCACUGCUGUUUUAUAUCAAAGCAAUUGUGCCACCCAGAGGAAGUGCACGUGUCACUAUUUUAUGACUUAAAUGAACUCUGAACCUCAAAUUCCUCAAAUUCAGUGUUAUUUUAACCCAGAAAGACCCAGUGCACCUUUAGUGGCAGUUCCCAAAUGAAUUUUUUACUAUUUCUACCUUUCUUAACUAAUUUAUCACCCCUUUUUUUUUUUUUUUUUUUUUUUUACAAUAUCCUCCUGAGACCCAGCAAUGCAUUUUUGUCGUCUGUAUGGGACAAGGGUUUCACACCUUUAGAAAAAAAAAAAAAA